AUGGAUCUAAAAGAAGAAUAUAUUAGAUUAAUCCUAAAAUAUACCAUAUAUGUUAUUAGAAACACCAUAAUUAUAUACGGUCUUUUUAGAUUUAGUAGAUUGCGUUGGUACUCAUUUUGUCUUGAAGGAUUAUUAAUUGAGAGGAUAUUCAACAAAAUCUCUACAAGUAUCUUAGAAAAGCAAAUAGGUGAUAAUAACCCAAGCAUAGAAUGUAAUCCAUACUUCCCAUGA